CUCCCCUUGAGAAUCAGUGAUGAGAAAACUACUACGGGGAAGGAUGCGGCCCUAGUUACGGAUUUUAAACUUUUCCAAGUACAAGAAGUUAACUCCAGAGUCAACUUCCCAGGGACUUGCUUCCAGUGCCCAGAUGAGAAGGUAGAAUUAAGAGAUUUCUUAUAUGAAGAAGUUUCACACUUAGAAUUGUCUUCUCUGCUGACAAAGACAAGUCAAGUGUCUUCUUACUGUGAGAACAACACAAACCCAAACCCAAAAUUGAAUAAAUCAGCAUGCAUCUGUAGAGUGAAGCUAUCUUUCCAGAAAAAAAGUUAUUUAAAUAAGCAGCUGAACUGCACACCACAUGCACAGAUUAGGAAAAGAAGAUUUUCUGUUCUCAGUCUGCACAGCAAGAAUAUACUGGAAAAAGCAGUAGAAAGCAGCAAUGAAAUAAAGGAUUGUUAUCUAGUGAAUUAUCUUCUCAUCCUCACACAAUCCAGCUCAAGCAGUACCUGCAGGUUUGUCAGCCUCUUCCAUUCACAAGUUCAGAUAUCCAUUUCCUGGCCUGGAGUAAUGCAACAUAGUAUUUGUACACUUCAUAGCCUUUGAAGUAUUAACAUGACAACCAGCAGCCACACACGUCCAGUACCAACAGUGAAUGGACAUAUGAAUCACUAUCCAACAGCCCCAUAUCCAUUACUUUUUCCUCCAGUCAUUGGUGGACUUUCACUUCCUUCCCUUCAUGGACUCCAGGGUAACCCACCAACAAGUGGAUGCAGCACCCCAUCACCUGCAACCAUCGAAACUCAGAGCACCAGUUCUGAAGAACUUGUCCCAAGCCCACCUUCUCCGCUUCCUCCCCCUCGUGUUUACAAGCCCUGUUUUGUCUGUCAGGACAAGUCAUCUGGAUAUCAUUAUGGCGUCAGUGCCUGUGAGGGAUGUAAGGGUUUUUUCCGCAGAAGUAUUCAGAAGAACAUGGUUUACACGUGUCACAGAGAUAAAAACUGCAUUAUUAAUAAAGUCACUAGAAAUCGCUGCCAGUACUGCAGACUACAGAAGUGCUUUGAAGUGGGAAUGUCCAAAGAAUCGGUCAGAAAUGACAGGAACAAAAAGAAGAAAGAGCCUUCAAAGCAAGAGUUUACUGAAAACUAUGAAAUGACUGCAGAGUUGGAUGAUCUCACUGAGAAAAUUCGAAAAGCUCACCAGGAAACCUUCCCCUCUCUCUGCCAGCUGGGGAAAUACACUACGAACUCUAGCGCAGACCAUCGGGUUCGACUGGACCUUGGGCUUUGGGACAAAUUCAGUGAACUUGCUACAAAGUGCAUUAUUAAAAUAGUGGAAUUUGCAAAACGAUUGCCUGGCUUUACAAGUUUGACCAUUGCAGACCAGAUCACUCUGCUUAAAGCAGCCUGCCUGGACAUCUUGAUCCUUAGAAUUUGCACAAGAUACACACCAGAGCAAGACACGAUGACAUUUUCAGAUGGCCUUACCCUAAACCGAACUCAGAUGCACAAUGCUGGAUUUGGUCCGCUAACUGACCUUGUGUUCACAUUUGCCAACCAACUCCUGCCUUUGGAAAUGGAUGACACAGAAACAGGCCUACUUAGUGCCAUCUGCUUAAUUUGUGGAGACCGCCAGGACCUUGAAGAACCAGCAAAAGUGGAUAAGCUACAGGAGCCAUUGCUGGAAGCACUGAAAAUUUAUAUCAGAAAGAGACGACCCAACAAGCCUCACAUGUUUCCAAAGAUCUUAAUGAAAAUCACAGAUCUUCGCAGUAUCAGUGCAAAAGGUGCAGAACGUGUCAUUACAUUGAAAAUGGAAAUCCCUGGAUCAAUGCCACCGCUUAUUCAGGAAAUGUUGGAGAACUCUGAGGGACAUGAACCACUGACACCAAGCUCCAGUGGAAAUACAGCAGAGCACAGUCCUAGCAUCUCACCCAGCUCAGUGGAUAACAGCAGUGUCAGUCAAUCACCACUUUUGCAAUAA